UCCUGGGCCUUCUUUUCUAGUUCCAUCCAAUUCUUGUUCAUUUUUUCUCAUGUCUAUCUCCGUUUCCCAGCGUAAUGUGUUCUUUGGUCUUCCUCUUUUCCUUUGCCCUUGAGGAUUCCAUGUGAGGGCGUCUUGUGACGCAGUUGGGUGCUUUCCACAAUGCGUGUCCUAUCCACUUCCAACACUUCUUCCAGAUUUCUUCCUCUUCUGGGAUCUGGUUUGUUUUUUCCCACAGUUGGUUAUUGCUAAUAGUGUACGGUCAACUGAUUCGAAGUAUUUUGCAUGGACAACUGCUAAUAAACACCUGUAUCUUCUGGAUGAUUGCUUUCGUAGUUCUCCAAGUUUCCGUUCCAUACAGUAGAACUGUCUUGACAUUUGUAUUGAAAAUCCUGACCUUGGUGUUGGUUGACCGUUGCUUUGAGUUCCAGAUGUUCCUCAGUUGUAAAUAUGCUGCUCUUGUUCUGCCGAUCUGCGCCUUCACAUCUGCAUCAGAUCCACCCUGUUCAUCAAUGAUGCUGCCCAAAUAUGUAAAAGUUUCAACAUCUUCCAAAUCUUCUCCGUCAAUUGUGAUUGGACUGGUGCAUGUUGUGUUGUAUUGGAGAAUCCUGUUUUUCCCUUUGUGUAUAUUGAGACCUACUGUUGCUGAGGCUGCUGACACACUGUUCGUCUUCUCCUGCAUUUGUUGUCGCGAUUGCGAUAGAAUGACCAGAUCAUCUGCGAAGUCUAGAUCGUCCAACUGCAUCUUGGAUGUCCACUGUAUCCCGCACUUCCCUUCAGACGUUGACGUCCUCAUGAUCCAGUCGAUCACCAGGAGAAAGAGAAAGGGUGAGAGUAAGCAACCUUGCCUAACACCGGUCUUCACUUCGAACGACUUUGUCAACUGUCCUCCACGCACAAUUUUGCAGUGUAAUCCAUCAUAUGAGCUCUGUAUGAUAUUGACUAUCUUCUGAGGCACGCCGUAGUGUCGAGGAAGUUUCCAUAGUGUUGUUCUGUCCACGCUAUCAAAUGCCUUUUCGUAGUCAAUGAAGUUGAUGUAGAGUGAUGAAUUCCAUUCAAUUGAUUGUUCCACAAUUAUCCGUAGAGUUGCGAUUUGGUCUGUACACGAUCUAUCCUUACGGAAUCCUGCCUGUUGGUCAUCUACUUACUCACGAACAGCCUGGGUUAUUUAUUGUCAACGUGUUUAUUCAUUUCUAUCUAUAAAAAUAUCUCAAAAUAAUGAUCGACAGAUGCAGCUUUGAAAUAUACAAGAAGUUAUCUGACAAAGAGUUACUUGAAGAAUUCUUAAUCUAUAAAGGUUAAGUAAGAUCAUUUUGUGAAUGCACUUAACGCCAGUUAUACUUAAAUUGUAGUUAAAUUUUGUAUAUAUCGUUAAAAACAAUCCAAAUAAUAACGAGG